GUGUUCUUGUGUUAGUCAUCACAUCAAUCGUCUUGCUCGCCUGCUCGCGUUUCACUAAAUUAUUCAUCGACCCGUAUUCACAUCUUAGGGCGGAUCCGAAGGAGCAUCCUCCUAUCACCAUCGAAAUUGCUGAUCCAGCCCGAAUGAAGCUCUAACCCAGUGGAGUCAUGACAUCGAACGCAACCGAGCUCUGGCUGAAAUAGAAAUCCGAGGAUUGCAUCAUCAACGUUGUCAUUCGACUUUGGGUCCUAUACCAAUUAUUUCCCGUCUAAAUGGCCAUCAUGCGGUUUCGGGUGAGUCUAUGGACGGUGGCACUGAGCAGCUGGGCUUUAUGGAUAUGUCUGGGAUCGCUUAAUCCAGCGCGGGCUCAAGCUGAGACUCCUUCAGCAGAGCCUCCGAGCCAAGAUCCUGAGGCGGCCACACCCCGUCAACGCAUUCCCUACUGUCCACCCGAAGAUAAAGAGAGCUUAGCCCGCAAGAACAGCAACCUGAUCAUGGUCAGCACUUUGGAUGGCAAGAUUUCGGCCUUGGAUCCAGCCCAUGAAGGUCGUUUGUUGUGGAGUGUAGAUACAGGCCCCGCCGGAUCCAUGUUGUCCUCCACCAUCAGCCAGAUGGAGUUGACCAAUGCCGGCAAGUUUGUCAAACUCAUCCCUUCUUUGGGCGGCGGAUUGUACAAGUUUGAUGGUGAGACCUUGGAAGCUGUUCCCUUGAGUGCGGAAGCCUUGCUUAGAUCUUCUUUCAAGUUUGCCGACAACACCAUCAUCACGGGCGGGCGGGAGAACCGUCGGUACGGCAUUGAGAUGGACACAGGCAUGGUACGGUACGAGUGUGCCAUGGAUGGCUGCCGAAAUUUUGGGACCGGCACGGAUUCCUUGGACGAUAUCAUCGUGGUUCAUCGAGAAACGCAAACAGUUCGCGCUAUUGAACCCCGAACGGGGCAUGAAAAGUGGAACUUCUCUGUUAGCCAACAUAAUUUGGAUUUGUUUCCGGGAUUGGAGGAUCUGUGUCAUAACGAGUCGGAAUCAGAUGAACCUUCAUUCAUCAACGAGGACGAUCGAGAUGAGGUAUUUAAAGCUGUCGUGUCCGACGGGGUGAUUUGCUCUGUUAAAAAAGCUCACCCCGAUCAGAUCGUGUGGAAAAGGGACUUCCAAACACCCAUCGUUCACGCCUGGGAAAUUCGGAAUGGGAAACUAUUCAAAAUCGAUCUAUUCAGUACCUCCGCUUUUCCAAGCACACCCCAAGGAGAAGUGUUAGUCGAGGGUCGAGAUCCCCUCAUGUACGUGGCCAGUCAUAACAAGCAGCUCUACAUCCAAGAGAGUGAGCGCUUACGCUUGGUUCAUGCCCAUCAGCUUGACCGGGUUCCAAAGGUCUCAUGGCGACCUUACUUGUUAACCUCUCAUUCUCGGACACCUCAUUACAACCAUGGCAAACAUGCCAACGAUGAGGGAAUACUGCCUUUGUUGACCUUUGAUGAGAAAGUGGCUGAAAAUACGGCCUUGGCAGUUUUCACGGGUUCAGACUACCCGUACGAUUCGGGUCUCUACCUUUUUCCGGAAGAGCCAACGCUAGAAUACGAUCCCGUUCUCGACUAUGACCAGCAAUCUAGUCUUCCCGGAAUUGAGGAUGGAUCUAAGAUGAAUGGUAUUGAUUUAAAUGUAUACAGUCUGUACUAUUGGUGGAAAGAAGUGACAUUCAUCUCGAUACUUACGGCUCUAUUGUUGAAUGUUAUCCUCACCCAACCCGUUAUCCUGGAAUUGAACUUGUUUGGGUCCCGGCCAAAACCAGAUCAACCAAAACAGAGCGUUGUUGUCAUCGAGGUGCCCGUUCAAGUUCCGGCGCCGAAUAAUUCCUCCGAAGCGAGGACCCCAGAUUCAGCGUCGAGCGGAGCGAGUCUCAAUAGAGAACUCUCCUGGCAGCGCAGCUAUGAUUCUGGACAUUUCGAAUCUCGAUAUUUGGCUGACUUUGAGCCUGUUCAGUGUCUUGGAAAGGGCGGUUUCGGAGUUGUGUUUGAGGCUAAAAAUAAGUUAGAUGACAACAAGUAUGCUGUGAAACGCAUUCGAUUACCCAAGAGUGAUCAUGCCAAGAAGAAAGUAAUGCGAGAAGUCAAAUUUCUGGCCAAGCUUGAGCAUCGCAAUAUCGUCAGGUACUACAACACUUGGCUGGAAUCGCCUCCUCCAGGAUGGCAAGAGGAUCACGAUAAACGUUGGCGGCUCGAGGAUCUUGGGGCUUCGAUGAAUGAAGACGUUUCCUCCAUGACUCGAACCGAAUUCGAUGAGAGUGGAACCAGUCUCGGAAUCAAUACAAAAAAUUUACAGUUUUCUCGUGAUUGUGGAAACAAUUCUCUGCACCUCCCUCCUUCAAAAGGAGGUGAUCGUAAUUCAUUCAGUAUUGUUUUUGAAGAUGAGUCGUCAUCGGAAAGAACGAGUGCAAGUCAAACCAAUCCAAAUGAAAGCCACUGCUCCGACUCGAGUACAGAAGGCACUUGCGAAGAUGCUCUGGAGUGGGAUAAGGCCAAUUGGAAAGAGGAAGGCCAAAGAGAAGAAAAGAAAUCUCAACAGGUCUACCUAUACAUUGUGAUGCAACUUUGUCAGAAACAAAGUCUCCGUGAUUGGUUGAGAGAUUGCGUAAUGAAUCGAUCCAGACAACAAUCUCUACAGAUGUUCCACGAAAUCUGCCUGGGUGUGGAGUACGUUCACUCCCAACAACUGAUUCAUCGUGACCUAAAACCCGGAAACAUAUUUUUCUCCACUGACGGAACCGUCAAGAUCGGCGACUUCGGAUUGGUGACUGGACGUGUUGAUGUCUUGGAUUGUCAAGAUGAUGACCAGAGUAAUGUGUCUGAGGAAUCGCCAAUGUUGAGUAGCCACAAUCAGAACUUCAACCACACUGAUCAAGUCGGAACUGAGCUUUACAUGAGUCCCGAACAGAUCAAGCGGAUGAAGUAUAACUAUAAAGUAGAUAUCUACUCGUUAGGGUUGAUCCUGUUCGAACUUCUUGUACCUUUUUCCACUCAGAUGGAGCGGUUGGAUACUCUUUCCAAGUUGAGGAAGCUAGAGUUUCCUGAUCACUUCAUCAACCAAGACGAGUACCACUUGGUAAAAGCCAUGUUGUCGCACUCUCCGGAUGAGAGGCCGGACACGAACGAAGUCCUCGAAUCCGAAUUCAUGGCUUUAGUGAUAGAAUGUUCCGUCAAUGGAGAUGUUGGAUCCGUGGAAGGGGGAAGAAAACGCAAUCAUAGCUCGCGAUCAGAAGAAUAAGAAAAACCUUGGACGUGUUGCGAAACCUUUGGUCGGUUUUUUUUCUUUAGACCCUGACAGGUCAUCUGUCUUAAAAUUGCCAUUUUCGAAAUGGUGCAUAUCUAGAAUACACAUUCGGCAUUACAUUCUGAUGAAAUUCCGUUUAUCAUUAAAUAUAGAUAUAAAUCUUUC